AAACAACCCAUUCCCAUCCUCCCCUACCCCAUCUCACUACUUUCAGUUCCUGCCCAGUCCAGCGAACAGGCCUGGCCUCCUCACUGGCAGACGCCCGGGACAGAACCUGCUUGAUGGACAGCCCCCCAAACCUGUCUCCCCCUACAAUGCCGGGACCCGGAGACCAGCACAGCCUGGACAGAGAGAAAUCCCAUCUCCUCACAGUGAUUACAGAGAGCAGCGAUGACUCAGCGGAUCCCGAUGAAAAUGGGAAGGAUGAGAGGGAGAAGGACGAGGUACAGAAACAGCUGGAGGACAUGGAAAAAGUCUCCAGGCAGAUUAUCCAAGAGAUGAGCGAGCUGGAGAUGCAGUUGGAGAUCGAGAAGACUUGUCGUGUGAACGCCGAGGUGUUUGCUGUGAAGGUGAACAAGGAGAAUAAGAAGCUGGUACGGCUGAGUCGAGCGUUACAGCCUAUGUGGGACUCUCUCCCAGAUGACAUUACCAAGCUCGGGGCUGAGGACAAGGAGACCCCCAACCCCACCUGCAACCCAGAGUACCAAUACCAGCUCCAGGUCAAAGACCUUCAGGAGAGGAUUACACUGCUGCUGGAGGAGAGGAGGGAGCUGAGCAGCUCGCUGGAGACCCUGCAAGCUCGAUUCACCCAACUGACAGAAGAGGUGGCGAGAGAGCGGACAGAGAAGAUUGCGCUGCAGAAAGUGCAGGAGAGGCAGAGCAAGGCUCUCAAACGCAUCAAUACAGUGUCGGUGCUGGUCACUCAGGAUUACCAGGAGCUGCAGCAGCAGCUCGACCUAGAACAGGAGCUCAGGCAGCAGGCAGAAACCUACGCCCACCAGAUGCUGGUAAGGCAGCGGGAGGCGAGCCGGCAGAGUGUAAUUCUGUUACAGAAUGUACUGCCAAGCGAGCAACUGCUCACAGCCCUGGAGGAGGUGGCCUCCCUCAACCGCUGCCUGGAGCAGGAGAGACACCAGCACCAGCAGCUGGUACAGGAGCUGAAGCACAGGCUGGAGGGGAGCCAGGCGGAGAGCGAGGUGGCCAGGCUGACAUUGGCCCUGAGUAUAGCUGACGAGCAGAAGGAGGAUGUGGAGAGCAGGCUGGCUGUCGCAGAGACCAAGAGCCUUGAGCUGGAGACAGAAGUUCAGACACUUCGGAUGAAGCUGGAGGCUGCUGACAACACAACCCAUGAGGAGCAACAGGAAGGGGGAGUUUCUCCAGGAUUCUGGGCCAAUAUUCCCAUUGUCCAGACACAGCCCAGGAACAGAGGUGAUAGUGUGUUAAUGCCCCUGGCAGAGCUGUUACGCCGAAGGAAGCAGGAACGCAAGGAAGCUGGGCCAGAGAACAAGACCACCACCCUGGACAGCCUAAAGACAAUGGCCGUGGAUGAAAUGAUGGAGCGAAUCAAAAACGGGGUCUCGCUGAAACCCACCAAAUGCCACACAGAGCUCCCGAGCCCGAGAGCAGAGAGUCCAGUGACAGAGCUUAAAGGGAUCUUGGAGGGGAUGAGGACCAAGCGGAGGAGCUGGAAGAGUCGGCUGGGGAGUGGACACAAACACAAUGAGUUGCAGAACAUCCUGCUCCGCAGACGCAGAGUGAUGGACGUUCCCUCGCAGCAACCCCCAGACGACCUUCCGGAAAACAAUCCAGCCUCGCGGUGCGACCCUAGUCCUGUAGGCAGCACACCCUUGGGGGGAGCGGAGGUCAAAACGAACCCCUGGAAGAUGCUUCAACGAACAGGGGCCAUCUUGCAGAGCAAGAGGAUAGAGCAGUGUUUCGAGGGCAGCACUGACACAGCCUGA